GCAAACCCCGCAUGCCCCGAACGAAGGGGGAAGGCGUACCCUUCGUCUCGGCAGCCCUUUUCCAGCCAAAACCGGAAAUAAAUCUGCAUCUCAGAGCUGCCAAAUCGGCAUUCGGGAUGCCAAUUGCCGUUGAACAUCGACAGUGCCCCGCACAAGAUGGUUCGAACUGGCACGGAUAUGGUUGUCAACGGUCGAACGGUGUCGGAAGAGGAAUCCGGUAGGGUCUUUUUCUAAACAAACAAGGUAUUCAUGCAAGGUUUGCAGCACGCGAGCUCUCAAUCGGUUUCAUGAAACAUCGAUUUCUUGGUCUCCUCGUCGGCUGUCAUCAUGGGUUCUCAGGAAGCUUACUCGCGUCUCCCAUCUCCUCAUAAUCCUCCCUUGCGGGUGAUCGUCGUCGGGGCAGGCUUGGGCGGGUGUGCCGCUGCCAUUGCUCUUCACCACCAUGGCCAUGAGGUGGUCGCUGUUCUGGACAAAGUCCGCCAGUUCCACCGACUCGGGGAUUCGCUUGGCCUGGGUGAAAAUGCUUUCCGGCUGCUGGCCCGCUGGGGCUGUGAUGUUAGAGAGAUCCAGGAGAUCGGCAACCAGGCCCCGACCAUGAAGAUCCGUAGAUGGCACGAUGGGAAGGUGCUCGCCGAGCAGCCGCUCAUGGACAUGGCGGGCUAUAUCGGACAUCGGGGGGACUACCACGAUAUUUUUCUAAAGUGGGUCCGGGAACGAGGCAUUCCCAUCCGCAUGGGUGCCGAGGUGGCGUCGUACGACGACGCGGAGCCGGCGCCGUCGCUGACGCUCGCCUCGGGCGAGACGCUGACGGCCGACGUGAUCGUCGCCGCGGACGGGAUCAAGUCGCUGGCGCGGCACCUCGUGCUCGGCGCGCGCGACGACCCGGUCUCGAGCGGCUACGCCUGCUUCCGCGCCUUCUUCGAGACGACCGCCGAGAUGCGCGCCGACCCGGCCCGCAACGCCUACCUGGACGGCGACUGCGUCAACUUCUGGAUCGGGCCGGACAUGCAUGUGGUGCAGAACACGCUCCGCGGGGGACGCGAGUUUAACUGGAUCCUGACCCACAAAGACGACGGCGACGUGCCCGAGUCGUGGUUCCAGCCCGGGGACAUGGACGAGGUGCGCCGGCUGGUGGCGGACAUCGACCCGAGCAUCCGCGGGGCGAUCCAGUCGACCGAGAAGUGCCUCGACUGGAAGAUCUGCUACCGCAAGCCGCUGCCGACGUGGGUGUCGCCGCGGUCGCACCGCAUCGUGCUGCUUGGCGACAGCUGCCACGCGCACCUGCCGACGUCGGCGCAGGGCGCCAGCCAGGCCACCGAGAGCGCGGGGGUGCUGGCCGCCUGCCUGGCCAUGGCCGGCCGCGACGAGGUCAAGAUCGCCACGCGCGCGUACGAGAAGCUGCGCUUCCCGCGCAUCCGCGUCAGCCAGACGCACGGCGAGGACCUCCGCGAUCGGUGGCAUAAUGUGCUAAAGAACGUGGACGAGAACGUCGAGAUCGAUCCCGAGGUGGUCAAGAUCAAGAACCGCCCGCUAUACUCGUUUGACUCGGAGCAGGAUGCGAAGGAGAAGUGGAGUGAAGUCUCCGCGAGGGUGCGGGAGGAGUUUUCCAGGGGUAAGAUAGAGCCGCUCUGUUAGUAGGUUCCGCGCUGUGCUGGAGGCACCCGGGGGGAUGAAGGGUUUCUACAGCCAGGGGCAAUGGAACCCCCAAAGAGCGGUUUAAUGCAACAUCCGGUAACUCCUAGUGGUGAACUGGGGGUAAUAGGGAGGAUUAAAGGAAUUGGAACCGAAUUGGAUCCCUUCGGGAACCUGAAUCAGCCCAGCUUAACUCAUCCUCUUCUCUGCGCCUUUGU